AUAUGGCAAGCACAGGCAUAAAUAAGUAGCACAUGUAUGAUUAUAAAAUAGGCUUUUAACGCGCUGCUGUGAAUAAAUGAUAUGAUAAUGUGUGUGUGUGAGUGUUUGUAACGUAAGCGCAUAUUUCGUAAAUCGCUCCCACAAUAAAAAAUGCUUUCUAUUAGUUGUGUGCAAAUUAAUGCCUUUUAAAUGGCUGCAUUUUAAGAAAAUGGAAACAUUUGGUGGCCUUUGGUAUAACAAGCAGCUGCAGAAACAACAACAAAAGCAACUACAGCUACAAAGCGACGGUAGCUAGAAUAUACUACAAAAACAACAAUAAGAACAGCGAGCAGCAGCAACAACAACGCCACUAAACAGACGUAAUUUGCAGGGACAACAGCGCCACAGAUAGAGACGGAGACAGGGACGCAGCCAUGGUGAUAAGCAAACCGGAAACGACUACAAAUGGCACUGCUAGUGGAACAGCAGCAGCAGCAGCUGCUGGCCUGGAUGCUGCUGCAGCUGCUGCCGCUGCUGCGGCGGCGGCGGCGCAUCCAUCAGGCAUACCACAGGAUCAAAUAGACAAUAUCAUGAGCGGCAUUGCCAAUACGGGCGAUGUCAAAAUGAACAAUCAUCGCAAAAAGCUGCGUCAAAGAUUCGAUAUUAUUAAGAAAUUAGGACAAGGCACCUACGGCAAGGUGCAGUUAGGUAUUAAUAAGGAGACGGGCCAAGAGGUGGCCAUCAAGACCAUCAAGAAAUGCAAAAUUGAGGCCGAGGCGGAUCUGGUGCGCAUACGACGCGAGGUUCAGAUUAUGAGCUCAGUGCAGCAUCCCAAUAUUAUACACAUCUACGAAGUAUUCGAGAAUCGCGAGAAAAUGGUGCUAGUCAUGGAGUUUGCCGCUGGCGGUGAGCUCUACGACUAUCUAUCCGAGCGCAAGGUGCUCAGCGAGGAGGAGGCGCGUCGCAUCUUUCGCCAGGUGGCCACGGCUGUCUACUAUUGCCACAAGCACAAGAUUUGCCAUCGUGAUUUGAAGCUGGAGAACAUACUGCUCGACGAGCAGGGCAAUGCGAAGAUUGCCGACUUUGGCUUGUCCAAUGUGUUCGACGAUCAGCGUUUGCUGGGCACCUUUUGCGGCUCACCGCUGUACGCCUCCCCCGAAAUUGUGGAGGGCACACCGUAUCAGGGACCCGAGGUUGACUGCUGGUCCCUGGGCGUGCUGCUCUAUACUCUAGUCUAUGGUUCCAUGCCCUUCGAUGGCUCCAAUUUCAAAAGACUGGUCAAGCAGAUUAGCCAGGGCGACUACUACGAGCCGCGCAAGCCCUCGCGAGCCUCGACACUCAUACGCGAAAUGCUGACAGUGUGUCCUCGCAAGCGAGCAACCAUCGAGCAGAUUUGCUCGCACUGGUGGGUGAAUGAGAACGACAAUGUCUCCUGCCUGGAUCUUGCCGAGGAUUUGGCCAACCAAACACCCGUGCGCCUCGACGUGCUCCUCUCACUCACGCCAGCGGCCAUAACCGCCGAUCAGCUGGUGGUGCCAUCGGCCGAGGGUGCCGCCGCUGCAGCUGCUGCCGCCAAGGCCGCUGCCAAUGAGCGUGUCCAACGCUCGCACUCAGUGGGCUCCAUACGCGAUAUGGUGCCACCACCCAACACGGAGGCAGAGCGUCGCAUCCUGGACAUGGUUGCUGCUGGAGGAGAGGCCGCACUGAUGCCCUCGCCCACACGCACCAUCACGCCCGCCCAGAGUCCCGUGCAAACCAAGCGCAAGCUGCAACCCACCGUUUCCACAGAUAAUGCCGUCGGCAGCACCGCCAAGAAGAAGGACAAGCCGGCCAAUAGCUCUUUUGUGGCACCACCACCACCAGCACCAACAACAACAACAGCAGCAGCAGCAGCAACAACCACAACGCUCACGAUGCCAACUGCACAGCCAAUGGAGACUGAGAGUGCUGCGCCCGUGGAGUCUGCGGAAUCCGCAGCCACAACAGUCAACUAUUUGCCACAGGACAUGCAGCUUGUGAGCAACCUUUGCGAGCAGCUCAUUGGCGAUGCCUCACCGCCACAACCCACCAAUCAACCCCAACCAACAGCUGUGCCACGCCAAGCGACGCGCAGCAAGCUGGACGCUGUGGCCGAGACGCCCGAGGAAAAGGACGCGACCAAAGUGAUUAAGAAGUUUGUCAACAAGCACAAGACCGCCGAUCUGGUUAAUGCCAUCAAUGAAAGCGCCACAGGCAAGGCCGCGGCUAAUGCCACAGCCACUGCCACGCCCACAGGGUCGUCAGCGCCGCCUUUUGUGCGUAAGUGCAGUUUGCAGGACGAGUCGACGUUGAAUAAGUUCAACGCCGAGCGACGCAAGUCACGCAUACUGGAGACCGCAGAGAAGUUCCAGCCGCCCCCCACAGCCGCAACAGCGGCCGCCACUGGGCCGCCCGAGAAGCCCAAGAAGUUGAGCAUACCCGGCGUCAGUGUGGGCAGCUUUAAGAAGGAGUUUGAGCGCAAGGCCAACAAUACAACGCCACAAAGCGGACCCACGCCCGGCGAGCGACGCGCCCAGGAAAUAGUGGCCGCUGCUGCCGCCGCCGCAUUGGAGGCUGAAGCACAAGAAGCCUUCGGCACGCCACCCGCCUCGCCCGCCGUGGCUGACCAGCUGGAGUCAAGUGAUUCGAAGAACUCGGUGGCCUCCAUAUCGCUGGACGAGGCGCGCCGCUCCAUGGAGAACUCCAUAGCGCUUCUGCGUCAGGCACAAAACGAAUCCAGCAAGGAAGUGGAUCAGCUAUGCGCCCAAACCGAAACCAUCGGCGUCAGCGAGCCCAAUUUCAGCCCCGAUGACCGUGAGCGUAAGUUGAAGAACGCACGCGCCAUCAUCGGCAAUGCCAUUCAACCGGUGAUACGCAGACCAACAACGAUAUUUGGCAACGGUAAUGGCAAUGGCUUUGGCAGCGGUUUUGGGGGCGGCUGCAAUUUUAUAUACAACAACAACAACAACAGCAGCAACAGCAAUGUCAGCAGCAGCAACAGCAGCAGUAGCAACAACAACAACAACAAUAGCAAUAGCAAUAGCUCAAACGCAUUAAUGGCUGCCGCUAAGCAAACCAUUCAGCAGCGUCUCUUUGGCGGCGGUGGCAUGCCACAGCGACCUGCCACCUGGCAGCCGCAGACGACCUACAGCAAUGCCAGCAUUUUUCAGCCCACGCAUAGUCCGUUUAAGCAGCUGCAGCUGCAGUACCAACAGCGCUGUCAGGAGACCGGGCAACAGCCGCAGCAGCAGCAGCAGCAACAACGUCCCAUUAGCAGCGCCUUGUUUACGCCGCCGCCCUCGCCGUUGUACGCCCAUGCCCAAAGCCAUGCCCCAGUUCAAGCCAUCAGCAACAGUGGCUACAACAGCAACAACAACAACAACAGCCACACGAUGCCUAAUGUCAAUUACAAUGUCAGCUCGCGCUCGAGACCAUUUCAUAAUCAAGCUCAAGACACACUCAAUACAUCAUCUGCCUUGCCUGCGGCUAUGUGGCUGAAAUCUUCACCAGGUGGCGAUGGCUCGCCGGUUAAGACCUCCACCGCCUCGAUAACGCUCAAAUCGGCCACGUUGCCGCGUCGCAAGCUCAAUGCCAAUGCCAAGUCGGAUGUGCAGCUGGACAUAAAGCCACGCAUCGCGGAGCAGCCACAGCCGGCCAUGCGCUUUAGCACGGAGAUGCAACAUCCUGUGGCAGAUUUGCGCAGCGCACCGCCACGCGAAGGACCCAUACCGUACAGUCCCAUCAAGACGACGCUGCAGGCGCGCGCCACCAGCUUGGAGCCCAAAGAGCACAUUAUUACCAUACAGCGACCACCCACACAGCCGCAGCCGCAACAGCCCUAUGGACGCACCAACUCGAACACGACCACGCGCUCUGGCUCGCUGUCACGUCAGUCCACCGUGGAGUCCGAGUCGGAGGCUACCACAACGAAUGUAUCGCAAUCAACCAUCACGGGCAACUCGCAGCCCAUCAAGAAGAGCCCACGUGAAUUUAUCAUACCCAUUGCCAUGGAGGGUGGCGGCUUCAUCACGCCACGUGAGCGAAGCAUUGAGCCAUCCGAAUCAACUCACACCACAUCCUCCAGUCGCACAACCUUCAGUCGUUUGCGUCCCUCACGUCGCAUUGGUUCACUGCUCAGCGAGACGGGCUUCGAUGAGAGUUCGCCAUUCCAAAAGAUGCGCAACACUUCGAUAACACGUGACGGCGUCGAGGACGAAUCACUCUUCACACCGCACAGAUUAAGAAGCUCGAGGCCAGUGAAGAAAAUUAGUCAAGACAAUGACUCGCAAAGUUCGGGCGAGGAGGAUGAUGACGAUGGCUUCGAAAUACUCACAGCGGAAAAUCUAUUUUCGACUUUGCUGCAACGCGUGCGCGCGCUCACCAAUCGCAUGAACGUGAAUAGCGACCUCACUGCAGCCUUUCCGAGUCAUUCGAGCCGUCUGCUCACCGAUAUAUCACGUCAGGCACAAGGACAUCGACCUUUCUUUGGUCAGAACAGUCCAUUUGGCAGUCGCCUGAACAGCGCCAGCAAUAGCAGCGGCCUGGGUGCACCUUGGCGUCACAGCAUGUCCAGGGAAUUGGGCAACGACAUGGAUUCAAUGUUUUCACGCACAGGCGCAACGUUGCCAAGAGGACAUCAUGCCAAGCCCAGUUCGGCGCCAGCGCAAGCAGAGCAGCCGGCUAGUGCAGCCAGUAGCACCGAGCCACUGGACUUGGCGGACUUGGACUUGUCGCGUUUGCGUCUCAGCAAAAAGGAUCUCGAGACUCUGGGCAGCAUCACGCCGGGGCUGCCCAAAUGCUUCCAGGAACAGCUGCUGGCCAAGCUGCCGCCCACACAGGCGCGCAAGCUCUCACGCACGCUAAGUGUGCAGAGCAGUGCUGCCAACGGCGCUGCCAAUGUGAAGCUGUACAAGCGCAGCCAGAGCAGCGGACGCAGCUAUCUGCCAGAGCAGCCGGAAGAGGAAAGCAAGCUCAAAAGGCAAACGCUCACCGAUGCUCCCAAGACCACAGCGGCCAGUACAGCCAUCUACAGACGCAGCAUGAGUCGCGCUCCCAGUCAAGUGCCCAGCACAGAAACUACGGCGGCGGUUGCUGCCAAGAGUCGCAGCAGCAGCGUCUGUCGCGACGACUAUGGCAAGUCCUCGCUAUGCAGCAGCAGCUACAACAGCGACAUAAGCGAGAAGUAUAAGUACUAUUCGCCCUAUUUGAGCAAGUCCACUUCCAAGGAGUCGCCGGAGAAGCGUUACAGCGCUGCCUUGGGGCGUCCACCCAGUGGUUGUCUGUCGCCGCCGCCUCAGCCGGCGCCACCAGCCAGCAGCAGCGACGGCAGCAGCUCCUUGCGUAGACGCUCCUCGCAACGCCGCAUCUCGCGCUUCCUGCGUCCCGACUUCUUUGACGAGCCACCAGAGCGUGCUCGCGAACGUGAGACACAAAGUGUGCUGCGCGAAAUACGCGAAAAGUCAUGUGAACGGCAGGAACAGGCGGAGCAGCGACGACGCAAGCACAGCCUGCCAAAUGCUCAGCCCAACGAGCUGGACACCAGCAAGCUGCAAUCGCGCAACAAAAGCAUGGAACAGUUCAUGGACAGCUCACAGCCCGAGCAAGUGCCACAGCCACAGCCAAAGCAACGACGCAGCGCGUCACGUGCACCUGAGCUGGAGACGGAAUUGGACAAACAUGAGCUGGCCAACAAGAUACUGCAAGAGCUGCAAUUGUUGUCUGCCGCGCGCACGCAAAGCGAACAACAAAGCGCGGAGCUGGCAGUGAGCGAAGCCAACGAGGAGACCAACACCAUAAAAAAGCUAAGGAAAGUCAAGCCCAAGGAGCAAAGCAGCGAGUCAAACACUGCCAGCAACACGCUCGUGCGCAAAGUCAAAAAGCUAAGCAAGAAGCCAGCAGAGGAAGCUGCUGCCGAGCCGCAAACCCCCCCGGACCUGCCGGCAGCCAAGCAAACCAAAUUGAAGCGACCUAAAUCCUAUCCCAUGAAGGACAAUGCACUCAGCCUCAAAUCAAGUGCAGAGCUGCCAGAGCAAAGCAACAGCGUUGCGUCGAUAGCGCUGCCCAGCAAAUUGCCUACAAAGUUGCCCAGUGCCCACAGUUCGGAGGAUGCCGCGCCACGUGAGAGUCGCCUAAUGCGGCCCAAGAGCUAUCCAGCCAGCAAACUAACCAUGCCCAAGGAGCAACGCAAGGUAACACGCAGCGGUGUGGCCAUAGCCAGCAUAGUAGAGAGCAACUGCAACACAACCGAGCAAGCCCAGUCCGAUCUGGCUGAGUCGCGUCCAGCAAGCUUAAAGCGCAUUGUCAAAGUGUCCAAGAAAUCGAAGCUGGUGCCGCCGAUGCCCGUGCCCGUGACGCCCACCAGCACGCCGCCCACAACCACAGCUACCACCACGACGACUACAACGCCAGCGGAUAGCUCCAAGGAGUCGAGUCCGGUUAUCAAAGUGAAAGAGAAAUCGCCAGAUAAGAAGCCCAGCAAGGGACUGCUAUAUGCGCUUGGACAAAAGUUCGAAAAGCUGCGCGACUCAGCCAUGAGCAAGGACAAGGAUAAGAAGUCGAGUGCUGCGCUGGUCUGCACUCAGAAGCAAAGUUCGCCGGAGCAGGAGCGAAAAAGGCUCGCGCUCACAUCUGAUGCGGACAAAUUGUCGGAGACGACAACAAGCAGUGAGGAAAAACGCGUGGACAAGCGAUCUAGAUUUGAUAGCAUGUUGCGCUCGUUGCGUGAGCGCUCCGUGCCGCGCAGUCAGCCUCCGACUAGUAAGAGUCCUAAAAGGUCGGCCAGCGUGGAGCAGCUGCACGAUGUCGAGAGCGGUAAGCAGAGCGGAAGCGGCGCUGUUAACAAAAUGUUGGGCGGCCUGUGGCGACGAUUCGAUCGCGAGAGCAGCGAACAGCGCCGCAUGCGCAGCACGCGCUCCACCAGCAAUAUAGAGCGUCAGCUGCGGGAUGAGGAUGCGUCGCCCACAUCGCCUAUUUAUCAAAAUGUAUGCAAGACCAAGGCGGAGGUCAACUGCAAUUGCGAGAGCAAUUGCCCAGACUGCAACAGCCAGAGCACAACAAAGGUAACAGUUGCAGCUGCCGCAGCAACACCAACAGUUGCCAAAAGCAGUAGCAACAGCAACAGCAACAAGGAGAAGCGCAAGGGACUUAUGCUGGACCUAUGCAGCAAUGUGUCGACUGCUGCUGCUGCUGCUGGUGGCAGCAGUUACCGUGGCGCCAAGACCAAUCCAGCGCUGCUCAAUGGCAACGGCUUGUACUCCAAUUUGCCGCCAUAUCCGGGCGCCAUCAAGAGCGCCUCUUCGAACAACAGCUCCAGCCAGCAGUCCAUGGAGAAUGCCACCAACAACAACUCCAUAAACACCAACAACAACUGCAGCUCGCAGACCUCUGGCUACCGCACCUCGUCCGCGCAUGAAAUCAAUCGCAACAAUCUGCUGACGCCCUCGUUUGAGAACAUUGCCAACUAUUCGUCGGAUUCGAGAAGUUAUCAGGACGACUGCGCCUCUACUUCCACAUUUCUGUCGCCCACUGAGGAGCCGGAGCUGUAUUUUGACAACUGGUCCAUUUGCUCCGAGGACAACUACAUGUUGCAUGCCACGCCCUCGCCUACAGUGUCGCGUCUGUCGCGCGCUUCACAACUCUCCUCGCCCACACGCUGCUCGGAGAGCUCCGAUCCCAAUGAAAGCGUCAUCGAUCGUAUCAAACGGCGCAGUUUCUACAGUCGCUUCAACGAGCAGAAACCGCGUCGCACCAGCAGCAUUGUGGGUCCCUCGGCAGUGCGUGAUUACUACCGCGAGCAGCAGGCGGCACUGAAGGCGCGCUCUAGCCACAAGCUGCAUGUACCAGAGACAGAGACACGCGCCCACUCACCGGACAUUACGCAGCAAUUUUUCCGACCUCUCAAACUCAGUCCCGUGGGCACAGAGCUCAAACCGCCCGUCUACCGUUCACCGCUGGAUUACAGCGCCUCAGGAUCGGCCUCGACCAGCAGCACUAAGCCGCGCAAAAGCCUCAACGAUAUACGCAACACAUCACCAUCGUUCCAUAGCAAACGCUACGAGCCACACGACUACAGCGCCAUCUCUGUGCCCAUGCGCUACAAGAGCAGUUCCAGUUCCAGCCCCAGCGCCAAUGGUGCUGCCAAUGGCUACUACAACACCUACAACCCCAAGCGACGCUCCUCCUACACGCUCAACGGCACGCUGCCCUCAAGCAGCGCUACCAGCAGCGCUGUGAGCAAUCAUCUGGACGGCUAUGCCACGUUGGGACGUCGCUCCAUACGGCCGUACGAUCACCGCACCAUGUCACUGAUGGAAACACCCAGCAGCACAACAGCCGGCACCAGCUACCAUCGACGCGAGGCACGCACGCCAGUGCGUGAUUAUACUUCCAGCAUUUCACGCUCUGGGUCGCGUUAUCGCACCUCUUCGGCCACACGCAGUCCAACCAACAUUUGAUGUACCACACCGCAGAAUGGUUUCUGCAUCUUCUGCUAUUACACCAAACGUAAAAAGGCGGCGGCAACAACAACACAGGUAACAGCAACAGCAGCAGUUACGCCACCCAAUACGACUGCCUCCUCUUCGACGUCAGCUGCAUCCUCGCGCGCCAGCAGUGGCGCUGGCGGCAUACGCAAGUUGCUGCAAGCAGCGCAGACGUCGCAGCACAAUCAGCAUAGGUUCUAGACAAACCCAAAGAGUUCGGUUUAGUGUUAAAUACUUUUUGAUAUUUUUUUAUAUAGCCAAAAGUUGUAAGGCGCAGACUAUACGUAGUCUGGCCAUAGCAUAUAUACACAUAUACUUAGAUACUAGUUGGGAGUUUCAGUAAAAAUCAAACGUAGCACAAUAAUGGAGCUGCCGAGCUGCCGUUAUUUUUCGAAUGUUUGUGCCUUUGGUUCCUUUGGUGGUUUUUAGAUUUAGUGCUAGUCGUAAUAUACAUGCAUACAUGACUAUUAAUUUGUAAGCCAAAGAAAAAACGCGUUCAAAUUUUGGUCACAUAGUUGUAACUACACAUUUGUUUUCACAAAAGAAAAUCAUAAUUUAGCUAUAUUUUUGCUUUUGAUUUUGCAACAGAACUGAAUUAUUGUUUGUGAAUAUAUAGCUAACGGCAAGUUUCUCUCGUUUGCUAGAACUAUUGAUGUUAUUGCAAAAUAAUAGAAAAUAUGUGUAAGCGAAAUGUGAGCGAAAUGUUAAACAAACCAAACACACAAUAAGCGAAUUUAAAUGUAGUGUUGAAUAGCGAGUUAAAAAGUCAAAACAGGUUUUUAAAAAUCAAUAAUAAAAUUAUAAAAAA